AUGGAUGACCAGUCCGGGGACCUGCAGUCUGCGACUCCCGGUGCAGUUGACCUCCCGAAUGGCAAACGACGAUGGCGCCGCAAUCGAGUCGCAUGCGAUUCUUGCCACACUCGCCGAGUGCGAUGCGACCGGGCUUUCCCCUGCUCACGAUGCCUGCGCGGUGACAUUAGGUGCGAGUUUACCCGUGAGCGCCGAAAAAGAGGCCGAAUUGCGCGAGCAAAGUUGCCGCAUGGGCCGGAUGCAUCCACGUCUACCUCGAACUAUACUAGGAGAGAAUCCAAUGGAGAUACUAAAGCUCCUAAACAGCCGGCAUCGUCGCCUCAGCAGCAAAGCUCUUCGGAAUCUGCCUUUCAGGAGCGAUCGCCGACUCCUAAUGAAUUCAGCCUUUCUGCGCCUAGUCUAGUUGACGGCGCUCACCCUGCAGCCGAUGCGAAUCGCUCCGUGCAGGAAGCACCCGAACGAAAUACCACGGAGGAAUGGCUGUCAGCUGCUCAUUUGUCGCCAGAUUCUUAUGAGAUUAUAAGUGGGUUAAAUGGGUUGAGCGGAGGCGAUGGGUCGUUACCUUCAUUAAUGGGUGUAAGCAACCCAGUCGAUAUGGCCAACCACCACCCUCCAAGACCUCCGCCAGUGCGAUCGAUACCAGGACCGAACGUUCCCAACCAAAAUCAUACGCCCGGUCCAAAGUCAGCUCUGAAGUAUCCUGUGCUGGAACCUAUAAUGCCGUACUUAGAAUCCAAUCUCCCUCGUCGCUUGGUGUGCGAUCUGCUUGAGCUUUAUUUCACCAGCGCCUUCUCGACUCACAUGCAUCCGGUUUGUCACCAUAUCCAUUGCUAUGUUCUACGAAAGGCCUCAUUUCUUAACACCGAGCAUCCGCGACCGAGCAGUCCUGCCUUGUUGGCGAGUAUGCUUUGGGUUGCGGCCGUGGAUGACCGAGCCUUCUCCUUGUCCAUCUCUCCGUUACAGCGACGCAAAAUUUGUCAAUUUCUUUGCGCUUUAACAAUACGCUUGCUCCGACCACUGAUACACGUGUCUUUCAAAGACCAAGAGCCGAUGGAGAAUGCCAAUGGCUCUCAAGAGUUCCCAGCGCCGCCGGCCCAUCACCCGUUUGAAGGCGUGGGCGAUGAUAAGGGCCUUGUUGGGCCAGCAGGCUCACUUGAUGAUGUGGUCACAUAUAUUCAUAUUGCAUCCAUUAUUUCAUCGAGCGAACAGAAGGCUGCUAGUAUGCGAUGGUGGCAUGCAGCUUUUACUCUAGCUCGAGAAUUGAAACUCAACCAGGAGGUCGAAGUCGUACCGAAUAUUGACGGUCAAAGUGACGGAUCUAGCCCUUCCUUUGGUUACACUUUGGCAGGCUGGGCGAGUUCCCCCGGUGGCCCUGCCUUUGACUAUUCCAAUCCAUCGCGACCGAGCUUGAACUGUGUUUGUGACGAGAGACAUGACCCGAACAACAAUUUUACUGUCACAGAAGAGUAUCGUGAAGAGCGUCGGCGUACCUGGUGGCUCUUGUAUAUCAUGGAUCGACAUUUGGCACUUUGCUACAAUCGGCCGCUCGCGCUUCUCGAUGCCGAGAGCGAAGAUCUCUUAUUACCACUCGACGAGGGUUCUUGGCAGGCCGGGAACAUUCACAGCAAUAGUCCUCGCCCUGAUGGACCCCAGUGUAUCCGAUCAGGCGACCGGAACAAGCGCCGUGUUUUCCCAAACUUUGCUUGUCAUGAUCAUUCCAUCCUUGGAUUCUUCCUACCACUUAUGACCAUCACCGGAGAACUGAUUGAUUUGAACCAAGCCAGAAAUCAUCCAACACUCGGUCUGCGUCUACAAGGCAAAGAGGCAUGGGAAGUACAGAUGGGGGAAGUGGUGCGACAGCUGGAGAUCUACAAGGCCAGUUUGACUACAUUUGCUGCGGCCACAGCUGCCAACCCUGAAGCUUCUCUAUCAACUGCAGGGGUCUUUCCCUCCAAGUCCGACCAGCCCGCAGACCCACAAUUAUCCCAGGCCUAUUCAUGGCAUACUCAAACGGUUAUAGCCUACUCAUCUUACCUAGUGCAUGUUCUCCACAUUCUUCUAGUCGGAAAGUGGGACCCAGUCUCCCUCAUCGAGGACAAGGAUUUCUGGACAUCCUCUCCAGCCUUUGCAUCCACCAUCUCGCACGCGCUGGAAGCUGCGGACUCGGUACAACAGAUCCUUCGCUUCGACCCAGACAUCAGCUUCAUGCCAUACUUUUUCGGUAUCCAGCUACUCCAAGGUAGCUUCCUUUUACUUCUCAUCGUGGAGCGUUUGCAGAAGGAAGCAGGAGAGGGUAUUCUGAACGCGUGCGAGACCAUGAUCCGGGCCACUGAAUCCUGUGUGGUGACCUUGAACACCGAGUAUCAACGCAGCUUUCGGCAAGUCAUGCGUAGUGCUGUGGCCCAGGCUCGCGGUCGGCCUAUCAACCCCAGCGAGAUCCGUCAUCGUCGUAAAGCGGUUUUGGCCCUAUACCGAUGGACUCGUAAAGGGACAGGUUUGGCCCUGUGA